UAAAAAACGGCAAGCAGAUGGAACAUUAAUCUUUGAGUGCAAAAGUCAUGCAAAGACCAAGCAAGUCUAUCCAUAUUCAUAUUUUAUGGGACAGCAGCGGAAAGAAACCUAUUUCAUAAAUGGAAUAGGUAAUGUUGCGACUGAUGGCUCCAUAUUUGACCAGAAGCAUGUUAGUCGCAAACCGAUGACUGAAGCUGCAAAAACGAAGCUGAAAGAGUCCUUGAAGGGUAGAAUGGAUGCAGGUGCUAAGAAUAUCAGAAAGGCUCUAGGAAUUAAAGAAGAAAUACGGGAAAAUGUUCUUUCAAAUGAGCAACUUGUCCGGUUGGGCCAGCAAGCAAUGUGCAGUCCUGAAGAGGAGGAACAGAAGAAACGUUCUAUUGAAGCUUUGACCAAGCGCCGUCGUAUUGGGAAAGAGAAACCAGAAGAGGAAAAACCUCGUUACGUAUAUCUUUAAUUCAAGCUAAUUUUAAAAUUCCAUUCUCUACAUUGUUUGAAAUUUCCUUUUCAACCAGCUUCAAGAUCAUCCAACUCAAUUGAUAAUUCCUGCAGUCACCAG